GUGAAAACCGGUUCCGCUCUCCUCUGGCCUGGGACAUGGUGGGAAAGAACCUGUUUGCAAUGGCCAUAGAAGGUGUUGUCUUCUUUGUCAUUACCGUCCUCAUUCAGUACCGCUUCUGCUUCAAGGCCAGGUCAUCCACCAGCCAUCUGAAGCCUAUUGGAGAAGAAGAUGAAGAUGUGGCCAGAGAGCGGCAGAGGAUCCUGAGUGGCGGGGGACAGUCAGACAUUCUGGAGCUGAGAGAACUCACCAAGAUUUACAAGCGGAAACAGAAGCCAGCAGUGGACAGGCUGUGUGUUGGCAUCCCUCCUGGAGAG